AUGUCACGGAUUGGUCGCGGCCGCGAGCGCAGCGGAGUGGAGCGCUCCGGGUCCUGGAGCCGGCUGUCUGAGGGAUGGACGAGACGAGCCCACUAGUGUCCCCCGAGCGGGCCCAACCCCCGGACUACACCUUCCCGUCGGGCUUGGGCGCUCACUUUCCGCAGGUGCCCGGGGGCGCGGUCCGAGUGGCGGCGGCGGCCGGCUCGGGCCCCUCUCCGCCGGGCUCGCCGGGCCACGACCGGGAGCGGCAGCCACUGCUGGAUAGGGCCCGAGGCGCGGCGGCCCAGGGCCAGACCCAAACCGUGGCGGCGCAGGCCCAGGCUCUGGCCGCUCAGGCCGCGGCGGCAGCCCACGCCGCUCAGGCCCACCGCGAGCGGAACGAGUUCCCGGAGGAUCCCGAGUUCGAGGCGGUGGUGCGGCAGGCCGAGCUGGCCAUCGAGCGCUGCAUCUUUCCCGAGCGCAUCUACCAGGGCUCCAGCGGAAGCUACUUCGUCAAGGACCCUCAGGGGAGGAUCAUUGCUGUCUUCAAACCCAAGAAUGAAGAGCCCUAUGGGCAUCUUAAUCCUAAGUGGACCAAGUGGCUGCAGAAGCUGUGCUGUCCCUGCUGCUUUGGCCGUGACUGCCUUGUCCUCAACCAGGGCUAUCUCUCAGAGGCAGGGGCCAGCCUGGUGGACCAAAAACUGGAACUCAACAUUGUUCCCCGUACAAAGGUAGUAUACCUGGCCAGUGAGACCUUCAACUAUAGUGCCAUUGACCGAGUGAAGUCCAGGGGCAAGCGGCUUGCACUAGAGAAAGUGCCAAAAGUUGGACAGCGGUUUAACCGCAUCGGGCUACCACCAAAGGUUGGUUCAUUCCAGCUCUUUGUUGAAGGCUACAAAGAUGCAGACUAUUGGCUGCGACGUUUUGAAGCAGAACCUCUUCCUGAGAACACUAACCGGCAACUACUGCUCCAGUUUGAGCGGUUGGUGGUGCUGGAUUACAUCAUCCGCAACACUGAUCGAGGCAAUGACAACUGGCUGAUUAAAUAUGACUGUCCAAUGGAUAGUUCUAGCUCUCGGGACACAGACUGGGUGGUGGUGAAGGAGCCUGUUAUCAAGGUGGCUGCCAUAGACAAUGGGCUGGCCUUCCCUCUGAAGCAUCCUGACUCCUGGAGGGCAUAUCCUUUUUACUGGGCCUGGUUGCCCCAGGCGAAAGUCCCAUUUUCUCAGGAGAUAAAAGAUCUGAUCCUUCCAAAGAUAUCGGACCCUAACUUCGUCAAGGACUUGGAAGAGGACCUAUACGAACUCUUCAAGAAAGAUCCUGGUUUCGACAGGGGCCAGUUCCAUAAGCAGAUUGCUGUCAUGCGGGGCCAGAUCUUAAAUCUGACCCAGGCCUUGAAAGACAACAAGAGUCCCCUGCACCUCGUCCAGAUGCCACCUGUGAUUGUCGAGACGGCCCGUUCCCACCAGCGGUCUUCUAGCGAGUCCUAUACACAGAGCUUUCAGAGCCGGAAGCCCUUCUUUUCAUGGUGGUAGCUCCAGAGACAGGCAGAGGAAAUAUUGUCAGAGACUGGUGGGAGGAAGCCUGGGGAGUGGGGUGCAGGAAAAGCCAGAGAAGCUGGUGGAGAGCAGCACCUUUAAGAGCCCUCUCUGUCUGCUUGCCACCCCGCUCAGGGCUUUCCCACCCACAGGGAGAAGCACAAUCAGGAACAGUGAGUGCUCCUUGCCCUUCUGAGUGCGGGGGAGGCUGGAGCUCCAUGCACGUAGUCCAGAUGCCUGGGAAGGAACAUCUCCCUUCCAGCAUCUGCUGGUGGCAGGCUGGGACAGUCCCUUCCUUCCCUGACACCCUGCUCUAUUGCAAUUCCCUAUUAUAUUCUGCAUCAGAAAAACAAACAAAACAAAAACAACUUUAAAUGCUUGUAGCAGAACCCUGGGUUAUCUCACAUCAGAAACCUUUAAUCCAGGCCUAAAUUUGCAUAGACCUGACAUUCAGCUGCCUUGCAGUUGCUUCCUCCCAUGAGCCAAGGCAGUGUCAGAGGGCACCUGGAUGACUCGCAGUACCACAGCACUGGGACAGACAGAAGCCACACCUUUCUUUUGGGUUUUUGCCAAGCCUCCUCCAUCUCCCACCAGUGCUGUGGGCUGGCUGCAAGCCUCCAAACAGUUCUCCUGGAAGGGAGGUUUUUGCUUUACCCCCGCCAGCACUUCUGCACACAAUCAUAGAGAACCUCUCUGCUCUCUGCUGGCCUACAGCUUGUCUCUUUCUCAAGCAGAGGCAGGAAGAGCUAGUCUUAGCAUUUAUAUUUUAAUAGGAAGUUGACUCCCAGCAUGUAAAAGUGAUCCACGUUGGCCGGGCGCGGUGGCUCACGCUUGUAAUCCCAGCACUUUGGGAGGCCGAGGCGGGCGGAUCACGAGGUCAGGAGAUCGAGACCACGGUGAAACCCCGUCUCUACUAAAAAUACAAAAAAUUAGCCGGGCGUGGUGGCGGGCGCCUGUAGUCCCAGCUACUCGGAGAGGCUGAGGCAGGAGAAUGGUGUGAACCCGGGAGGCGGAGCUUGCAGUGAGCCGAGAUUGCGCCACUGAACUCCAGCCUGGGCGGCAGAGCAAGACUCCGUCUCAAAAAAAAAAAAAAAAAAAAAGUGAUCCACGCAGCCGGAGUGUAUGCCGGGAGCUAAGUCGUCUAUGGGUGAACGUAUCCCACCUUGCUUCCUGAGUCCUUGGUCCCAAUCUUCUCAUUUGUUCCUGUCGUUUUAAAUUUUUUCCCCCCAACUCUUUUGAUGUAAGACUUCAGUUUAUCUUUUGGAGUGGGUCUCUGCAAGGGUUCUGGGAUGAGUCUUGGCUUCUAAGAGGACAGGCUAUUAGGUUCUUGGACUUUUUUCUGUGCUACUGCUGCUGCUUGGUAGAAGUAACAGGAUGUGGAUUCUGCCUCAUAAGUGGCAGUUUCCCUUUUCUCUCUGACUUGUCCUAGGCUGAUUUCUCUAUGGUUUCCCUGAGAAAGGUGGGACCCAAAGGAGAGAGGCCUUCAAACUGUCCCAGGUCCUGCCCAGCUCAGUGCGUAUCUUCUUGCUUCCAUGUGUCUUUUCCCCUGCUGCCUCACUCCCCAUCCCCACUUGCCAGGUGUUUGAGCUGUUUCUACACCAAAGCAAAGUACGGCCUCAGAAGGGAGUAAAAAGGGUGCCAUCUGUGUCUGAGGGGCAGCUGUGUUCAUGCCCUGUGCUACUGGACAUUUCACAAUUCUGGCACCUUGCGAUUGGUCAGUCAACCUCAGAAAGUAACUAUCUUGAAGGUUUGAAAAACAACCAAAGAAAGGGAGUGAGGACUAUGGCUGCAUGUCCUCUGCUUGCCCGGCUGCAGAGCAGAGAUGUGCAGCCCUCUGGUCAGCUGGUCCCCACCGGUCCCCUUCCAGUCCAGCCACCAGGAGCCCACUUGUCCCAGGCUUCCACCUGGCUGACAGGAAGAAUCUGAGAGCCGGAUGUGCAUUCCCUGUGGACGAAGGUACAGCUCGCCUGCCUGCCCCAGCCCCAGCCCCGACAAUCACAUGCAGCUGACUCGGACACUGGCCUUGGGAACAAUGUUUGAGAGAACACCGGCAGGUGUUCUUGACUGUAGGAGCCAGAAGGGGACCCAGGUGUGCAUAGCUCUCUGUAGACAUUUUUACCCAAACCUGUUGGUAGAGCACCCAUCUGGUGCUCAAGAGAGCCUGGGGGUCUAACAGGGAGCCCGGCUGCCUCACCUGGCCACAGCCUCCACACCAGAUCUGCACAUUGUCUUGAUCCAGACCAGCUCUGUGAUCAGAAGGAAACUGGGUCUGAUGUAGGAGCAAGCUGGUCCUGGGCCUGGCAGGCAAGAGUGUGGGCAUCCUUUCCUGGCCUUUCUCCACUCUCCCUCAAGCCUGUGCUCAGGUUGCCUUGAAUGUGGACUCUGGAAGAGCCAGGGGCCCAGAAUGCUGGGGGAGGCUUCUGGGUGGCACUCAUGAAACAACGUCCCUCUGCCAGCCAUAGGCCCUGCCUCCAGUGUCAGGGAAUGGAGGCUGGGCUGCGAGAGUGCUGCUGCCCCCUGUGUCGUUCUUCUAAUCCACUGUAGAAAUUGUACGUAAUGUAUUUAAAUCAACGCAGAUGUAUGAAUAACAAAUCCAGUUCUGA